AUGCAGAACAACCACAAUAAGGAACAUCUCUAUAAAAUCCUUGUGAUAGGAGACCUCGGUGUCGGUAAGACCAGCAUCAUCAAGCGGUAUGUGCAUCACAACUUUAGCCCCAACUACAGAGCCACCAUCGGGGUCGACUUCGCCCUCAAAGUGCUCAACUGGGACCAGGAGACGGUGCGCCUUCAGCUGUGGGACAUUGCAGGUCAGGAGAGGUUUGGCAACAUGACCCGUGUGUACUACCGCGAGGCCAUGGGUGCCUUCAUUGUGUUCGAUGUCACAAGGCCCGCUUCGUUUGAGGCCAUCACCAAAUGGAAAGAGGACUUGGAUUCCAAACUGAGUCUUGCCAACGGGAAACAUGUAGCCACUGUGCUGUUGGCUAACAAAUGUGACCAGGGUCGGGACGUACUGACCAAUAACGGAAUAAAGAUGGAGCAGUUCUGCCAGGAGAACGGCUUCGUGGGAUGGUUCGAGACGUCUGCUAAGGAAAACAUCAACAUCGACGAAGCGGCAAACUGCUUGGUGAAACACAUCAUUGCCAGUGAGAAUGAUAUGCUCCAAUCCGAAGUCCCGGAUACCAUCAGCCCCCAAUUAGAGAAGGACAAAGGCGGGACAUGCUCCUCCUGCUUCAGAUCCCAGUAA